AUGGCCACAGCAGGAUUCUCGAAAGACUACAGCAAUGAUCAAGGAAAAUCAGAAUGUAUGGGGCCUACUUCGCUGAGUUACCAGCUGAUUGACAAGGAGUCGCAAAUAAAACCGGCCAUAGAUGAUAUUGGCAAGGGACGCGAGACGGCGGGCUCCUUGAUAGCCGUCGAUUGCGAGGGUCAAUACCUGAGCCGAAAGGGAAAACUAUCGGUGGUCUCCAUAGCGACAGAAAAUCAAAUAUACAUCUUUGAUAUUCAGGCGCUGGGGGAGAGCGUUUUCGAUAAAGGUCUCCGGGACAUUCUCGAUGACUACUCUCGAAACAAGUUGAUGUUCGAUUGUCGUGAGGACUCUGACUGUCUCAUGCAUCAGUAUAAUGUCAAGCUUGUCAAAGUGCUGGACCUGCAACUCUUGCAGAUUAUGGAGCGUGAGGCCACAGAAGACGCAGGAAUUUUGGAAAAACAACCUCUUCUCGAGAGCUUCUUAUUCUGCCUCGUGAAAUAUGUCAAGAAUGAAGACCUCAUCAAAGCGAAAGAAGAAGGGGAUAAGAAGUUGCCUGGGACGGAUGCCUGGCUUGAGCGCCCCCUGAGUGACGUCAUGCUGAAAUACGCAGCAUGUGACGUUAUGGGGAUCUUCAAACUUUACAGUAAGUUGAAACAUGUUUGCAAAGGCCAAGCCCUCGAUCGACUGCGCGUUGCGUCGGACAGCUACCUCGACAUCUUUCGUUCGCUUCCUUCUCGCUCUUGCGAUAGUCGCGAAACAAGUUCGCAUUUGCCAAAGAACGUGAUUCCUUCCGAAUUUCAACUUUUGUUCUUGCCUCAAUCUGAAACAGAGUGUAUCACUUGUCAUAAGCAAUUCCCUUAUUUCGAUAGAAAUGAGCAGCGAGGAAUUCCCCAACUCUGCCAAUUGUGCAAACUCAAAAUAAAUUUUGGCAACCUGGCACACAAAGCCCUGGCAAUGGAGAAUGACCCUUAUGACAGCGACGAUGAUGAUCGUCCAGCAUGGAUGAAAGUAGGGUUAGGCCCCAACUAUAAAGUAUUUUUGUAG